AAGAACACCUUAAAUUGAACUUGAGGUAAACCACCUACCUUCUGACUGCCUCCACAGUUAACCAUCUGGGUAGCCCUUUAGCUGAGUUGCCCUUUCAGUCAGGUUUUCAGUCACUUUCCUCCAAAUGAUCAGGGUAAGUUGCUGCAUUAUGUGAAGAGUUUAGAAUAAAACCCCCAGAAAUAAGUAUAGGAAAAUCUCACAAAUGCUAUAGCCCAACUUUAUAUUAGUGUCAGAUGUUAUCGGUGGCUAACUAAAAGUCCAACCUCUUUGUAGCUGCUCAGUUGCUUGUGUUUUUCCAACAACAACAGAGGUUUCUGUAGACACACACCUCACACUGUUCCCUUCAUGUUUGACACAGAUGAGACUGUUCCGGUACCAGAACCACGUCCCAUCAGAUAUUACCAACAGAAGCUUCAGUCAAACUUCCAGGACACGUUUAAGGUUACAACAGAGGGGUGGGCAGUAGAUGAGCAGCUUCUGGUUGAUAUCUACACAGAGCUGUACAUCACAGCUGGCCGGGACGUGCACAUCAACACACAGCAUGAGGUCCUACAGAUUGACAAGGUGUGGAAGCCAUCAGACACAGAGACACAGAUCCAACCCAGAGACAUUUUCAACCAUCCUUCUGGAAAAGACAUACCCAUCAGAACAGUGCUGACCAAUGGGAUUGCAGGGAUUGGAAAAACAUUCCUCGUGCGUAAGUUUGUGUUGGACUGGGCCGAAGAAAGAACCAAUCAAGACGUGCAUCUUAUUUUCCCGUUCACUUUCCGUGCCCUGAAUUCACUGCAGGGACAAGAGUUUGGUUUGGCAGAGCUCAUUCAUUUCUGUAUCCCAGAAACUAAAGACGUCACAGUGGAGACUCUGAAUUACAUCUUUACAGCUCUGCAGUCAUCAGGAACCAGCAGCUACAAGAAGAGCAGAUUCAAACUGCUGUUUGUGUUUGAUGGACUGGAUGAGAGUCGCCUUCAUCUGGACUUUGAUGUCAACAACAUUCGCUCCCUGGAUGUAACAAAGUCAACGAAAAUAGAAGUCCUGCUGAGCGGACUUAUCAGUGGAAGACUGUUGCGCUCAGCUCGCCUCUGGAUAACCACACGACCUGCAGCAGCCAAUCAGAUCCCUCAGAACCUCGUCAACACUACAACAGAGGUCAGAGGGUUCACCGACCCACAGAAGGAGCAGUACUUCAGGAAGAGAUUCAGAGACAAGAAGGAGGCCAGGAGCAUCAUCUCCCACAUGAAGACGUCACGAAGCCUCCACAUCAUGUGCCACAUCCCAGUGUUCUGCUGGAUCACUGCUACAGUUCUGGAGGAGCUGCUGGAAACCAGAGAGGGAGGAGAUCUGCCCAGAACACUGACUGAGAUGUACGCAGAGUUUCUAAGAUUUCAGAUUGAUCAUACAAAAGAAAAGUAUGGUCUAGAGAAGUGCAUUCAGUACAUUAAGUCAUUAGCUAAACUGGCUUUUGAACAGCUGCAAAAGGGCAACUUGAUCUUCUAUGAGAAAGAUCUGAGAGAAAGCAGCAUCGAUGUGAGUGAAGCCUCAGUGUACUCAGGAGUGUUCACAGAGAUCUUCAAAGAAGAGCGAAGACGGAAACAGAAAGACAAGAUGUUCAGCUUCGUCCAUCUGAGUGUUCAGGAGUUUCUGGCUGCUCUUCAUGUCCAUCUGACCUUCAUCAACUCUGGAAUCAACCUGCUGGAAGAAGAACAACAAACAACAUCCUGUUGGUCUGAAAUGUUCCAAAGUUAUUCAACAGGUUUCUACCAGACAGCUGUGGACGAGGCCUUACAGAGUCCAAACGGACACCUGGACUUGUUCCUGCGCUUCCUCCUGGGUCUGUCACUGCCGACCAAUCAGAAUCUCCUACGAGGCCUGCUGACACAGACAGGAAGUAGCUCACAGACCAAUCAGAAAACAGUGGAGUACAUCAAGGAGAAGAUCAAUGAGAAUGUGUCUGUAGAGAGAAGCAUCAAUCUGUUCCACUGUCUGAAUGAACUGAACGAUGUUUCUCUAGAGGAGGAGAUCCAACAGUACCUGAGAUCAGGACGUCUGUCCACAGAUGAACUGUCUCCUGCUCAGUGGUCAGCUCUGGGCUUCAUCUUACUGUCAUCAGGAGAACAUCUGGAUGUGUUUGACCUGAAGAAAUACUCUCCUUCAGAGGAGGUUCUUCUGAGGCUGCUGCCAGUGGUCAAAGCCUCCAAGAAAGUUGUGUAAGUAGUUGGAGACUGAAGAUACUUUUUCAUUUUGCUGCAGUUUCAUCUGUAUAAUCUGCUUUUUGUCUCUUCAGACUUAAUAACUGUAAUCUGUCAGAGAGAAGCUGUGGAGCUCUGUCCUCAGUCCUCAGCUCCCAGUCCUCCAGUGUGACAGAGCUGGACCUGACUAACAACAACCUGCAGGAUUCAGGAGUGGAGAGUCUUUCUGCUGGACUGGAGAGUCCACACUGUAAACUGGAAGCUCUCAGGUCAGGACUCACACUUUGAAACUGAUGUGAUUUCUAUCACUGGAUAAACAUCUAACCUGAGUAGAAUCAUUUCUGCUGAUGGGAUUCAUCAAAUGAGCUUUUACUGAAUUUGUGCAGGACUUUGUCAGGGUUUAUUUUUGACAUGAUUAAAUCCCACUAAUCAUUGUUGAGAUUCUUGAUUUGCUUGAGACGCAUGAAAUGUGCAGCAAAAUGUAGUUGAAAGACAAAGAAGACAAGAAAGAGUGAGAAAUAUCCAGCCAAGUAGUGUCCGUCAGGUUUGUGUUGUUUUGUGUGCAGGCUGUCAGGCUGUCUGGUCACAGAAGAAGGCUGUGCUUCUCUGGCCUCAGCUCUGAGCUUCAAGCCCUCAAAAUUGAGAGAGCUGGACCUGAGCUACAACCAUCCAGGAGACUCAGGAGAGAAGAUGCUGAGAGCUAAAGUGGAGGAUCCAGACUGUAGACUGGAAACUCUCAGGUACAGACAGACAGACAGACACUCUCAGGUACAGACAGACAGACACUCUCAGGUACAGACAGACAGACACUCUCAGGAAACUAUCAGCCUCGCUCACAACAAAGAUUAAAAGCAGAAGAACACUGUUAGUUCAGCUAUGCACCGUGACUGAAUGGAAGAGGAAGCUGUUAGCUUAGCUUAGCUGAAAGACAGGAAGCAGGGUAAACUGUUAGCCUAGCUUAGCACAAGACAGGAAGCAGGGUAAACUGUUAGCCUAGCUUAGCUCAAAGACAGGAAGCAGGGUAAACUGUUAGCCUAGCUUAGCUCAAAGACAGGAAGCAGGGUAAACUGUUAGCCUAGCUUAGCUCAAAGACAGGAAGCAGGGUAAACUGUUAGCCUAGCUCCAUGAAAAGAGGAAGCAUAAAUGAGUAAAGCUGAAUAAUGAGUGUAAACUGAGCUGGAACGUGACGAGCACAGGACAGGACUUUAGAGAUGCUGCAUUCAGGUGUCUGUGUCUCCAUGUUGGACUGGUCCUUUAUCAGUGGAACAGUGUGAGAGCCAUGUAACGUCCAUGUGUGCUGCUGAAAGAGUCGUUGCUGCUCUGACCGUCC